CCCCGCCCCCUGGAGCCGACGAGUGGCGGCGGCGGCCCCAGGUCCCGGGUCCCUCAGACAAGAGGGCGGGUGGAGGAGGAAGCGGCCGAGCCCAGAGUUCUGCUCCGGCGCCGCCGAGCACCGCCCGCUUCAGCCGACCAGCCCCGUCGGCUACUGGGCCUCGCCGAGACGAGAGGAGGGAAAGGCCUCGGCGGCCGCGAGGAGGCGGCGGGGGCGGCCGCGGCUGCCGCUUUGUUGUGCGGCCCGGGCCGAGGAAGGAGAAGUGGGAGGAGGGGGGAGCUCGGCGUCCCGCUCCCUCCGCGGCUCAUGGCGACGACUCUCGGCACAUCCGGGACCCUCCGGCCGUGGCGGCCGCGGCGCCGGCUGCUCGGGCCCCAGCCCCGGCCGCUGUGGUGACUCCGCCGCGCCUCGCCGUCGCCCCCGUCCCCGUCCCGCCCGCCGCCCCCGCCGCCGGGGACAUGUCUAACCCCGGAGGCCGGAGGAACGGGCCCGUCAAGCUGCGCCUGACAGGCUGAAGUGCAAUGUUGCGAUCUCGGCUCACUGCAACCUCUGCCUCCCAGGUUCAAGCGAUUCUCCUGCUUUGGCCUCCUGAGUAGCUGGGAUUGCAGGUCAGUUGCUCUCCCUGGAAGGAAGAGUGUUCUCGGAUUUCACCUUAAAGGAGGAAGGCUGCCAGAACUGAACUAGCACUUCUGAAUAUCCUGAGGCGAGGUCCGGUGACUUCCUUGGGAAGCUCUGCCGCGCCCCCACCCCACCCUACCCCACCACAGCAGGCGCUGGAGUCCUGGGACCACCAGGGUCUGAGGCCCAAAUCCUUCCUCACCAAGGGGAGGAGAGGGGUGUUCCGGCAGGGCAGGAUGGGAAGGCAUGCUUGGGCGGGAUUGUGACAUGAGAGUGCCCUGGUGACAUGGAGCAGAUCUGUGGCAUAAAUAAAGGUGUCAUAAAGACAGGGCGGGGCUCACGCUUAUAAGGGGCACGAGCGUCUCGGAGCUGCCAGAAUGUCUUCUGCUCAGUGCCGGGCACUAGCGUGUGUCAUGUCCUGGCUGCGUUUCUGGGGCCCAUGGCCCCUCCUUAUGUGGCAACUAUUGUGGCUACUAGUCAAGGAGGCUCAGCCUCUCGAGUGGGUCAAGGACCCGCUCCAGCUGACCUCUAACCCCCUGGGGCCGCCUGAGCCCUGGUCUUCCCACUCCUCCCAUUUCCCACGGGAAUCUCCCCAUGCGCCUACUCUCCCGGCAGACCCGUGGCACUUCGAUCACCUGGGGCCCUCUGCUUCCUCAGAGAUGCCAGCCCCACCCCAGGAAUCGACUGAAAAUUUGGUUCCAUUCCUGGACACCUGGGAUUCAGCUGGAGAGCUGCCCCUGGAGCCAGAGCAGUUCUUGGCUUCACAGCAGGAUUUAAAGGACAAGCUGAGUCCACAGGAAAGGCUCCCUGUUUCGCCCAAGAAGCUGAAGAAAGAUCCAGCUCAGCGUUGGAGCCUUGCUGAGAUUAUUGGAAUUAUACGCCAAUUAUCCACACCUCAGAGUCAGAAACAGACUUUGCAGCAUGAAUAUUCCAGCACGGAUAUACCGUAUCCCGGUAGCCUGCCUCCAGAACUCUGGGUGAAGUCAGAUGAGCCUCCAGGGCCCUCUGAGCAAGUUGGACCUUCUCAAUUCCAUCUAGAGCCCGAAACUCAAAAUCCAGAGACCCUUGAAGACAUCCAGUCGUCUUCACUCCAGCAAGAAGCCCCAGCACAGCUUCCACAGCUCCCUGAGGAGGAAGAACCUUCUUCAAUGCAGCAGGAGGCCCCAGCUCUGCCUCCAGAGUCCUCUAUGGAGAGUCUAACUCUACCGAACCAUGAGGUGACCGUUCAACCUCCAGGUGAGGAUCAAGCUGAUUAUCACUCGCCCAACAUUACAGUUAAACCUGCAGAUGUGGAGGUUACCAUAACUUCAGAGCCUGCCAAUGAGACAGAAUCUUCCCAAGCCCAGCAGGAGGCCCCAGUUCGGUUUCCAGAGGAGGUGGAACCUUCUGCAACCCAACAGGAGGCCCCAGUUGAGCCUCCAGUUCCUCCUAUGGAGCAUGAACUUUCCAUCAGUGAGCAGCAGCAGCCAGUUCAGCCUUCUGAGUCUUCUGGGGAGGUCGAAUCUUCUCCGACCCAGCAGGAGACCCCAGGUCAGCCUCCAGAACAUCAUGAAGUCACAGUUUCACCUCCAGGUCACCAUCAAACUCGUCAUUUAGAUUCACCCAGUGUCUCUGUGAAGCCUCCAGACGUGCAGCUCACCAUAGCAGCAGAGCCUAGUGCAGAGGUGGGAACUUCUCUAGUCCACCAGGAGGCUACAGCUCAGCUCUCAGGGUCAGGUAAUGAUGUAGAACCUCCCGCCAUCCAGCACGGGGGCCCACCUCUGCUUCCAGAGUCAUCGGAAGAGGCUGGACCUUUAGCAGUUCAACGGGAGACUUCAUUUCAAUCUCCGGAACCUAUUAAUAAUGAGAACCCCUCUCCAACCCAGCAGGAGGCUGCAGCUGAGCAUCCACAGACCGCUGAGGAGGGUGAGUCUUCCCUAACCCAUCAGGAGGCCCCAGCUCAGACUCCAGAGUUCCCUAAUGUAGUUGUAGCUCAACCUCCAGAGAAUUCACACCUGACUCAAGCCACAGUUCAACCUUUGGAUCUGGGGUUUACCAUCACUCCAGAAUCCAUGACAGAGGUUGAACUUUCUCCAACCUUGAAGGAGACCCCAACUCAGCCUCCUAAGAAAGUUGUACUCCAACUUCGAGUAUAUCAAGGGGUAACAAAUCCAACACCAGGUCAGGAUCAAGCUCAGCAUCCAGUGUCACCCAGCGUUACAGUUCAACUUUUGGACCUGGGACUAACCAUCACUCCAGAACCCACUACGGAGGUUGGACAUUCUACACCCCCGAAGAGGACUAUAGUUUCUCCAAAGCAUCCUGAGGUGACACUUCCACAUCCAGACCAGGUUCAGACUCAGCAUUCACACCUGACUCGAGCCACAGUUCAACCUUUGGACCUGGGGUUUACCAUCACUCCAAAAUCCAUGACAGAGGUUGAACCUUCUACAGCCCUGAUGACUACAGCUCCUCCUCCAGGACACCCUGAGGUGACAAUUCCACCUUCAGACAAGGGUCAGGCUCAGCAUUCACACCUGACUCAAGCCACCGUUCAACCUCUGGACCUGGAGCUUACCAUAACUACAAAACCUACUACAGAGGUUAAACCGUCUCCAACCACGGAGGAGACCUCAACUCACCCUCCAGACCUAGGGCUUGCCAUAACUCCAGAGCCCACUACAGAAAUUGGACAUUCUACAGCCCUGGAGAAGACUACAGCUCCUCAUCCAGAUCAGCUUCAGACUCUGCAUCGAAAACUGACUGAAGUCACAGGUCCACCUACUGAGCUAGAACCUACUCAGGAUUCAUUGGUGCAGUCUGAAAGUUACAUCCAAGAUAAGGCUUUAGCUGCACCAGAGGAACACAAGGCCUCCACAAGCACCAGCAUAUGUGAGCUCUGUACCUGCGGAGAUGAGAUGUUGUCAUGUAUUGAUCUCAACCCAGAGCAGAGGCUCCGCCAAGUGCCUGUGCCAGAGCCCAACACCCACAAUGGCACCUUCACCAUCUUAAAUUUCCAAGGAAACUAUAUUUCUUACAUUGAUGGAAAUGUAUGGAAAGCAUACAGUUGGACCGAGAAACUAAUUCUCAGAGAAAAUUACUUGACUGAAUUACACAAGGAUUCAUUUGAAGGCCUGCUAUCCCUCCAGUAUUUAGAUUUAUCCUGCAAUAAAAUACAGUCUAUUGAAAGACAUACAUUUGAACCACUACCAUUUUUGAAGUUUAUAAAUCUUAGUUGCAAUGUAAUUACAGAACUCAGCUUUGGAACAUUUCAGGCCUGGCACGGAAUGCAGUUUUUACAUAAGUUAAUUCUCAAUCACAAUCCUCUGACAACUGUUGAAGAUCCGUAUCUCUUUAAAUUGCCAGCAUUAAAAUAUCUAGACAUGGGAACAACGCUAGUCCCACUUACAACACUUAAGAACAUUCUCAUGAUGACUGUUGAACUGGAAAAACUGAUCUUACCUAGCCAUAUGGCCUGCUGCCUCUGCCAAUUUAAAAACAGCAUUGAGGCUGUCUGCAAGACAGUCAAGCUGCAUUGCAACAGUGCAUGUCUGACAAACACCACACAUUGUCCUGAAGAAGCAUCUGUAGGGAAUCCAGAAGGAGCGUUCAUGAAGGUGUUACAAGCCCGGAAGAAUUACGCAAGCACUGAGCUGAUUGUUGAGCCGGAGGAGCCCUCAGACAGCAGUGGCAUCAACUUGUCAGGCUUUGGGAGUGAGCAGCUAGACACCAAUGACGAGAGUGAUUUUAUCAGUACACUAAGUCACAUCUUGCCUUAUUUGUCAGUGGCAAACCUAGAUGUGAAAUCACUGUUACUACCGUUCAUUAAACUGCCAACCACAGGAAACAGCCUGGCAAAGAUUCAAACUGUAGGCCAAAACCGGCAGAGAGUGAAUAGAGUCCUCAUGGGCCCAAGGAGCAUCCAGAAAAGGCACUUCAAAGAGGUAGGAAGGCAGAGCAUCAGGAGGGAACAGGGUGCCCAGGCAUCUGUAGAGAACGCUGCCGAAGAAAAAAGGCUCCGGAGUCCAGCCCCAAGGGAGCUGGAACAGCCUCACACACAGCAGGGGCCUGAGAAGUUAGUGGGAAACGCCGUCUACACCAAGCCUUCGUUCACCCAAGAGCAUAAGGCAGCAGUCUCUGUGCUGAAACCGUUCUCCAAGGGCACGCCUUCUACCUCCAGCCCUGCAAAAGCCCUACCACAGGUGAGAGACAUUUCUAUUUCCAUUUUAGAAAGUGCAAAGGCUAGAGUUACAAAUACGAAGACUUCUAAACCAAUCGUACGUUCCAGAAAAAAAUACCGCUUUCACAAAACUCGCUCCCGUGUGACCCACAGAACACCCACAGUCAAAAAGAGUCCAAAGGUCAGAAAGAAAAGUUAUCUGAGUAGACUGAUGCUCGCAAACAGGCUUCCAUUCUCUGCAGCAAAGAGCCUCAUAAAUUCCCCUUCACAAGGGGCUUUUUCAUCCUUAGGAGACCUGAGUCCUCAAGAAAACCCUUUUCUGGAAGUAUCUGCUCCUUCAGAACAUUUUAUAGAAAACAAUAAUACAAAAGACACAACUGCAAGAAAUGCCUUUGGAGAAAAUGUUUUUAUGGAAAACACUAACAUGCCAGAAGGAACCAUCUCUGAAAACACAAACUACAAUCAUCCUCCUGAGGCAGAUUCCGCUGGGACUGCAUUCAACUUAGGGCCAACUGUUAAACAAACUGAGACAAAAUGGGAAUACAACAACGUGGGCACUGAUCUGUCCCCCGAGCCCAAAAGCUUCAAUUACCCAUUGCUCUCGUCCCCAGGUGAUCAGUUGGAAAUUCAGCUAACCCAGCAGCUACAGUCCCUUAUCCCCAACAACAAUGUGAGAAGGCUCAUUGCUCAUGUUAUCCGGACCUUGAAGAUGGACUGCUCUGGGGCCCAUGUGCAAGUGACCUGUGCCAAGCUCAUCUCCAGGACAGGCCACCUGAUGAAGCUUCUCAGUGGGCAGCAGGAAGUAAAGGCAUCCAAGAUAGAAUGGGAUACGGACCAAUGGAAGACUGAGAACUACAUUAAUGAGAGCACGGAAGCCCAGAGUGAACAGAAAGAGAAGUCGCUUGAGCUCACAAAAGAAGUUCCAGGAUAUGGCUAUACCACCAAACUCAUCGUGGCAUUAAUUGUGACUGGAAUACUAAUGAUUUUGAUUAUACUUUUCUGCCUCAUUGUGAUAUGUUGUCACCGAAGGUCAUUACAAGAAGAUGAAGAAGGAUUCUCAAGGGGCAUUUUCAGAUUUCUGCCAGGGAGGAGAUGCUCUUCGCGAAGGGAGAGUCAGGAUGGACUUUUCCCAUUCCGACAGCCGCUCUGGCUUAAAGAUAUGUACAAACCUCUCAGUGCCACGAGAGUAAAUAAUCACGCAUGGAAGCUGCACAAGAAGUCAUCUAAUGAGGACGAGAUCCUCCUCAACAGGGACCCUGGGGACAGCGAAGCCCCAACAGAGAAGGAGGAGGAGGAGAGUUAAGCCCUGCCAUAGGAGGAGAACCCAGCCCACCUCAGGCCUCCUGAAAAAACACAGAGCCUAAACAACGGCCAUCAUAAAAGCAGGACUGAAGCCAGCGGCCCACGCAUCCACAGAGGCAGUGGGCAGAGCAAGCACAGGGCCAUCAUUUCCUCCCUUGUUUCCCAGUCUAAUUAGUCACCCAGACCUGAAAACAAUUAAAUACCAUUGUUUUUGGUGCCCUC